AUGAAAAUAGCAAAGUCGAUCAUUUUCGGCUCUGUAGCGGCUGAAAUUUUGAACAGCAGAAAAUUGACUUGCAACAAAGGUCAUUUCAAAGAACUUUUUGUCGAGAGCCAGAAUGACUUUUUUCUUCAAAACUUGCUUGAAAUGGGGAUUGACAAGGAUGAGCUCAGCUCUGUUGUCAUCGGGCGAGCGAAUGCUAAGAAAGAGUCCAGAAUGAGCAAGAAGGAUUUCGAGUUUAAAAUCGUCGGCGGCUGGCCCGUGGAAACGAUUGACAACUGGCCUUUUAUCGGGCACUCGGAUGGCUGUGGCGGGCUCUAUCUUGGUGGAAAAGCCGCGUUGACUGCAGCUCAUUGUUGCGUAAAUUACGGAAAGCCAAACAAUCCUUGGGAAAACUUUUUCUUCGGCCAUUUGCGAUAUGGAAAAGGAUUGAAGGUCCCUGUCGAUAAAUAUGUCAUUCAUCCGGAUUACGACACGACUCGUGGAUUGAAAAACGACCUCUGCGUGGUCAAACUUUCAGAAGAUCUCGAUUCGAAGUGCAGUGAACUGGGAAUCAAAGCAAUUGAGCUUCUUGAUUCACCCCUCAUUCCUGGAGAAAAUCUUCACAUCGCCGGUUGGGGAACAAAAGAUGUUGAGUCUGGAAUGCUCUCUCCUGAUUUGCUCGAAACAAAAGUCAAGGUUCUGACUGAAGAAGAAUGCAAGAAUCGAUUUCACUUGGCGCAAGCUGACAUAACCGAGCCAGACUCGCCGGACUACGACCCUGAUUAUGUUCCCCUGACUGUUUCUGAUGAUCAGUUUUGCGCGAGCCACGCUGAGCUGGGAAUUGACAGCUGCCAAGGAGAUUCCGGAGGACCAGCUGUAGUCUUGCGACAAGGAGUUCCCAAACUUGCUGGAAUCGUGUCUUGGGGAGUCGGAUGCGGCGAGUACUUUCCCGGGACGAGCAUAAUUUCGCCAGGAGUUUAUGCUGAAGUCGCAAGUGAGAAGGCGAGAAAGUGGAUAACGGAUACUUUGGUUUCAAUCGGCGCUGGAUCAACAGCAAGAGAUAUCACUCGCGAGUAUGGAUCCUUUGGGGUUGAAACCGUCUGUGCUGUGGCUCAGAAAUUGAGUUCGAGGUAUCCAUUCGAAUAUUUGGAGCUUUUGAAAAAGACGGCUUUGGUGGAAAGUAAUUUUGGCAAUCUCGGUUGCGCGAAGAACAUCUUCGGGGGAAACUCUCAUUCGCCUCUUGAAAGAGCUCAAGAAUUAAUCGAGCUGUACGAUGACGAAGAAAUUAAUGAUUUCAUUAAUUCAAUCGGCGGACAAGAAAACUGCAGGAAGAAAAUUUGGAGAACGAAGAAUGCAACAGAAAUCAUCAGCAAAAGCCCCUUACCGAUUUGCCCAUUUGAACAAGAAACGCCUCAAAUUUGCUUGAUUUCAAUAAUUGAUGGAUCGGAGUCUAUUUCCGUCCUCGAAUUCGAGCAACAAAAGCAGUCGGCAUUCGCCGUCGCUGAAAUUGCGCUGAACCUCGGAGUACUGGACCAGAAAGUUUUUCAGUUCGCCGAUGUGCCGAUUUUGAUUUCUGAAGUCAACGAGGACUCGCCGAUUCACCAAUUUAGAAAGUUCGAGGACGAUUUUCUCGGACAAAAUCAAAUCGGCGGAGGAUCAGUUAUAAAAGAAAAUAUUGAUGUUAUUUCUGCAGAAUACUUUCCCGGGUGCGAGAAACAAUACCUCAUUUUGGCUUCCGAUGGCUUCGAAAAAAACUACACCAUCUCGAAUUUCACCUCAAUCAGCAGUGAAUCAGGAAUUGAAAUUCUCCCAAUCAUCCCGUCAAUCGAACAAAGGCCGAUCCCAGAGAGUAUUUCUGAGUUUUCACUAAAAUUUCAUUUCGUCACGAAAAGUCAUCAACAACGAAAGUUUUUCUCUGGCUUAUCUUGUCACUAUUUUUUCAUUCUUGAAGAGGAAGAGGUCGUAAUAACAGUUAGCGACUUUCAAGACUUGCGAUUCUGGUACUCUGAAACGGUUCUUUUUCCUUCAGAAAAUCUUCACGACGAACUUGUUUAUUCCAAAAAUGGAAACGAAGAAGUGCAAAUGAAAAUUUUCUCAACAACUGGAUUGAUGAGUUUAGCAAUCUGCAACGCGAACAAGAAUUCUAACGAAGAAACAUCUUACCUAAUCGAAUUUCUGAUUGGCGAGGAAACCGUGCAAUUCUCUCAUGGACUCGAAAACUUUACGAAGAAGAAAAAAGGUGUUCUCAAAUUUUGGCUCCCUCUUUUUAUUCUUAUCUUAAUUUUGAUACUUAUCAUUAUCAUCUUGGUUCUUCGAAAAAGAAAACGCGCCAUCUCACCAGCUUCUUCAAAAACAACAACGAUUCAAGACAUCGACGAUGAUGAAAUUUACGAUGUCGAAAGUGUCCCUGUCGAAAAUGACUUCGAAGCUUGCAGCAUGAAAACAUACGAUGCGGACAUCAACGAGAAACUCCAUCAACUGGAGAACUUGGCCAAAGUAGUCUUCGAGAAAGGAACUGAAGCUGAAGUCAGGGAGGUGAUUAAAGAGCUGCAAUAUUACGUCGGCAACGAGGUGGCUACUUCGGAGAUCAGAAAUCUCUCCGACGCUGGAAUGCGAGUUCUUCAACUAAUCGACCUUCAGAAAGGAAUAAACGGAGAAAUUGAUGCUGAAAAUUAUCAAAGACUUAAACGAAUAGCCCACUACGCCGAAUUCUUCGUUAAACCUGAAGAAACUGAGUUCAGAGGAGAGCAGAGUCAACAAGUUCUUUUAAAGGCAAAUGCCGUUUUGGAAGCUGAAGCUGCCCUUAUUCGAAAUAUUGGCGAUUCUUCGUCUUAUCAAAAACUAUCCCAAGCCGUUCUUAAUCUUCAUUCAAAAUGCAUUGAAAAUCCGGCGGUUUCUCAUCAUCCGAAAUGGAAAGAAAGCCUCGAAAAAGCAGAAGAAAGACUAGAAGACUACAGAAGGCUAUCAAACAUCGUUGUUGACUUGAAACUGACUCCUGUUACCACGAAAAGGCUGUACAAAAGUCAGAAUGCCGUUGAAAAGCUGAAGAAUAACCCGGACUUGAGAAGUCUUGCGUCUUCAGAACAGAAGAAUAUCAUCGAAAAAGCCGAGGCAGUGACCAAGAUUUGGCAAAUGGUUCAAGAGUAUCAAGAAAUUUUCGAUUCGAGACGAUCUCCAGAUGAGAAAGAACAGAAACUGAUCGAAUCAAGAAUCGAAGCAAAGCUUGAAAACAUUAACAAUCCUGAUAUCAUUUCUUAUAUUCUAACGGCGAUCGAACGAACUCGAUCGCAAUUUUCUCCGCUCUCAUCUCCUCGUUGA